AUGUGUCUGUGUGCCUUACAAAGAGGGACAGUUGGGACAUUCACUCCAAGCUCUUUUCUCUUGGAGAAACUAGAGAGGCAUCUCUGGAUUUUCUCUCUGUCCCCAGGAUCCUGUAUUCUCUGGGUGUUCUCUGCAGCCCUCCCGCCCUGCUCCUUCAAUGCCAGCAGAGGGAGACCAGCCAUUGGCUCUGUCACAUGGUACCAAGACAAGGUGGCCCCUGCGAAGGAAGUGAAGAACAGAACCCCAUAGUUCAGGGACCGCCUGGUUCCCCUUUCUUUUUCCCAAUUCCUCUGUAACCUCCAGGCUGAGCUGCACAUCUAGGACCAAGGCCAAGAUGCUGGCGUCUAUGUGUGCAGGGUGGAGGUGUUGGGCCUGGAUGUUGGCACAGGCAAUAGGACUCAGCUGCUGGCAGAGACAAUAAGGCAUGCGGAGGCAGGACCUCCUUGACUGGAAUGUCCCUGGAAAUCAGGAAUCCUCCCCCUGCCCUUGUUAACUAAGCCCCUUCCUCUCCAUUGCCCUCAUGCAGGACCUCAUGGGCUAAAGAUAAGCACAGUGUUCCUCCUUCAGGCUGGAUUCUAUGCCUUUGGUUUUCUCUCCAUGGCAGCACCCUCUCUUACCAGAGCAAAUGUGAGUAUGGAGCCUGGAGCAAUAAUGGAGGGAUAGGAGGGGCAGUAAGAACUGGAGGAGGAUGGGCUGGGGAUGUGGU